CUUGUCUUGGAUAAGAUUUCCGAAAAUAUAUAGCAGUCAGAACCAGGCAAAAAAAGAAUUAUUCUUCCUCACCGUGGAACAGACACAAACAUCGCAAUGGAGCCGCAUCACUAACACAGCUGAACUCGAGCAAUGACCUGCCUCCCCCUUAGAUGAAAAAUCGAGAUCUGAUUUAAUUACGUAGUAUACCAGAACUCCGUCCCAGACUUCGGUAUCCCAGCGCAGAAUCCUGUCUCCACUUCCCCGCCAAGCCCUCAUAUAAUCGGCCCAAAUCUGUCAGCCCCGCCGCCCUGCAUGAUUCUCCAUGAUUUGAUAAUCUGGGCGAGCAGAUCUCGGUAUCCCAGAUCCGGAGAGUAUAUUUUACCCUUGAAGACCUCUACCAUCUCUUCACUCCUCACAACUACCACAUCAUCUUUCCAGUAAAACAACCACAAAAAUGCCCCCCCAAACCAACAACCAAUGGAUCAUCCGCCACUUCGGUAACACCUUCGACAGCCUGGAGCGCACCACCUCCCCGAUCCCGCCAGUCGGCGAGUACGACGUCCUGGUCAAGAUCGAGGCGGUCUCGCUCAACUACCGUGACGCCAGUAUCCCCAUGAACAUGUACCCCUUCCCCAGCAAGCCCGACCUAAUCCCCUGCUCCGACGGGGCGGGAACCGUCGUCCAGACCGGCAGCAAAGUCACCGCCUUCCGAGCAGGCGACCGCAUCACCUCGCUCUUCUUCGCCGCCCAUCUCUUCGGCGAUCUCACCGCGGAAGCCCAAAGAACCGGGCUGGGUGGGUUCUUGGAUGGGUGUUUGCAGCAGUACCGCGUCUUCCAUGAGAUGAGCCUCGUGCAUGCGCCGAGGAAUCUGAGUCCGGUGGAGAGUGCGACCCUGCCCUGUGCGGCGUUGACGGCGUGGAAUGCCCUGUACGGGGUUAAGCCGCUCCGGCCGGGGCAGACGGUGCUCGUGCAGGGGACGGGUGGGGUUUCUGUCUUUGCGUUGCAGUUCGCUAAAGCGGCUGGUGCGACGGUGAUCGCUACGACCUCUUCGAGCGCGAAGGCACAGCGACUCAAGGAAUUGGGCGCGGACCAUGUGAUCAACUACCGCGAGGAUGCGAACUGGGGCGAGACGGCGCGGAAGCUGACGCGCCGCGGCGUCGAUCAUGUGGUUGAGGUCGGCGGCCCAAAUACCGUCCGCCAGAGUCUGAAGUGCGUCAAGCUGGAGGGGGUGAUUAGUGUCAUCGGGUAUAUUGGCGGCACGAGCGGGGCCAAGGAUGAGAAGCCCCCGCAAAUCUUGGAUACUUUGACGGGUGCGGCGAUUGUCAGGGGUAUCCAGAUCGGGAGCAAGGAGCAGAUGCUGGAUAUGAUUCAGGCGAUUGAGGCGAACGAUAUCAGGCCGGUGGUUGAUGAGCGGGUCUUUGGGUUCGAUGAGGCGCGUGGGGCGUACCAGUAUCUGUGGGAUCAGAAGCAUCUCGGCAAGGUGGUUAUUAAGGUUGAUUAA